AUAUUAAGUACGACAAGGCGAUGGUGCCUGCUGCCACUGUCACUGCGGCCUUUAUCCAUAGAUUCCCUGCUGUUUUGUCAAACAAACAAGGAAAAGAAAAGAUUCUUUUAUUCUCUUACAGUCCAGCUAUGCCUAUGAGACACAGCCACAGUCCACAGUCCACAGUCCCCUUUGGACCAUCUCCAUUCUGCACCAACCUCCACUUUCUCUUUUCAGUGAAAGCAGCGAAGCCAGACAAAAUGCAUCCCACAGUGGUUCCCUGGAGCUGACACCUCCUACCCUACGGUUACCAUGACCCUUCCACACGCGCCGCUUCUUUGCGCGUGUUCUCUAAUUCUUCCCUUAAAAUCCACACCCACUCUCCACUCUUCUGCUUUCUAAUAUCUUCCCUUGCGUUUCGCGGUUCUGCCCCGCUCGCUGCUGCUUCCAGCCACCUCUCUUUUUGGACCUCCAAACCCUUACUGAUUGAGUUGCUGCGUGGGUGACUAAUGCCCUUUCUGAUGGUUCUUGUCUUCUCAUGGAUUACAAUGGCUUGGAAGUUUAUGAAUUUGCUUCCAUUUUUGGUUGAACAUUUGGAUGUUUGAUUCAUUAACAUGAAUUGAGUUUCUAGUUGCGAAAAAUGAAGGGUUUGUGCAUGAUUGUUACUUGAGCUGGGUUCAUUGGAGGCAAUUUGAAAUUUGCUGGUUCUCAUGCUUCUCUUAUUUUUGUCAGCAUUGUGAUCUUUUACUGAGGGAUAUUGAGUUGUUCUCUCAGAAUAUUAAUGACCGUUGCCACAUCGGUGGCUGUUUUCUUGUGAUUAGUCUUGCGUUUUUCAAAUAGUUGAGAAUCUCUAAGGCUAUGUUUGGUGCUGUAUUCUAGUGCAGGACUCUAUUUGAUUUUGCUCGCUGUCGCAUCACAGCUCAGAACAUGGAGAUGGAGGCAAUCACAGCUUCAUUAGAGAGGUCUCUUCAAAAUUGUUCCUUAAACAACCAUAGCCAUGAGAGCAGAAGGGAAGAAGGGUCAGUCACAGAUGCAGAGGCAGAUGCCGAAGCUGGCAUAGGAAUCUCAUCCAGCUCAGACGAUGUCCUGAACAACCGCAUCUCCAACUCUGACACUACUCUAGAACUCAACUCCCAUAUCUCACUCCCUUACCACUGGGAACAAUGCCUAGAUUUGAAGACGGGGGAAAUUUAUUACAUAAACUGGCAGAACGGAAUGAAAGCAAAGGAGGAUCCAAGGAGGGUAGCAGAAUACAGUAGCAGUAUGAGUAGGGAUUACAAGUCAGAAGAAGAGAGUUGGUACGAUAGCGAAGAGUCUUCAUCGGAGUCAUGCCCCUCUUCAUCCAAAGACCAGUGUUACCAAGAGCUGGGACAAGUAGAAAAGCAGAAUAAUAGUAGCAGCAGCAGUAGCAGUAGUAGUAGUAGUUAUAGUAAUAAUAAGGGUAAUGUCUUGGUUGUGGCUGGGUGCAAGAGCUGUCUCAUGUAUUUCAUGGUGCCCAAACAGGUUGAAGACUGCCCAAAAUGUGGUGGUCAACUCCUCCACUUUGAUCGAUCCGAAAGUGGCUCUCCAUGAUUCCCAUUUCUCAAUUCUACCAUCCACCCCCUCCCCGGCUUCCUUUUUUAUAUUUUUAUUUUUUGCUCUUGCCCUUUCAAUUUCUCUUGUUUCAUUUAGCUUGCCUGAGUGUAAACUACUAGUUUUGUUCAUUAUUAGGAUGAAAUUUUCCAGCUUUCA